GGAAAAGGGGAAGAGCGGCUCGGUGAGGUCGCACACCGCCAGCCUCCGCAGCUGCGGCAGUGCCCUCUCCGGGCUCCCGCCGGCGCGGAUGCUGGAGGGGUAGUGUGAGAGGAUUCUCCUUUCCCUUCCAAAUCUUUUCCUCCCGUACUCCCGCCACCGGGGAGAGGAAGCGGCAAGGGAAAGACAGCGAUUCCCAAGGCUAGGCAGCAGCCCGUGUGAGGCAGAGGGAGGCGCGGCGCCCCGAGGGAGGCGGCGGGGUCCGGCGGAUCCCCCUGGCAGUGCCUGCUCGGCAAGACGGCGAAAGGGGAGAGGCUGUCUCGGGAGCAUCUCGGAGCCGGGGCUGGCUCUUGAGUAGCGAGGGAGGGACACGGAGAGAGGGAGAAACUGCCGCCUCCCUGCUAUACACCCGUCCCCAAAUUACAAGGGCUGCGGUGGGGAAAAGAAAAUAGAAGACCUAAGCUGGGACCUCCCAGCCGGAGCGAUUGAAAAGGAGCCAGAGUAGGCGUCGGGGAGGGGGAGCGACACCCCAAGGAGAGUCCCCCUCCUCCGCUUCCCGGAGCGGCUUCGUGCCCACCGGCCCUGCCUCAGGAUGUGGGUGCCGCUGCUGCUGCUGCUGCCGGAGCUGCUGCCCGCAGUGCCGGCCCAGAAGCUCUCCGCCCUCACGUUUUUGAGAGUGGACCAAGACAAAGACAGAGAGUGCAGCCUGGACUGUGCAGGUUCCCCUCAGAAAUCACUCUGUGCAUCUGAUGGAAGAACUUUCCUGUCCCGGUGUGAAUUUCAGAGAGCAAAAUGCAAAGACCCUCAGCUGGAAAUAGCCUACCGGGGCAACUGCAAAGAUGUUUCCAGAUGUGUGGCUGAGAGGAAGUACACCCAGGAACAAGCUCGCAAGGAAUUUCAACAAGUGUUUAUCCCAGAAUGCAAUGACGAUGGCACAUAUAGUCAGGUUCAGUGCCAUAGUUAUACUGGAUACUGCUGGUGUGUCACUCCCAAUGGUCGUCCUAUCAGUGGUACUGCUGUGGCCCACAAAACUCCCCGGUGCCCAGGUUCAGUGAGUGAGAAGCUGCCACAACGAGAAGGUGCCGGAAAAACAGUCUCCUUGCAAAUCUUUUCCAUUCUGAAUUCAGAUGAUGCCUCAGCUCCCGCGCUGGAGACUCAGCCUCAAGGUGAUGAAGAAGAUAUAGCUUCUCGUUAUCCUACAUUAUGGACCGAGCAAGUAAAGAGUAGACAAAACAAAACCAAUAAAAGCUCAGCAUCAUCAUGUGAUCAAGAACUUCAGUCAGCCCUAGAGGAAGCUAAACAGCCCCAGAAAGACAAUGUGUUCAUUCCAGAGUGUGCUCAGGGCGGCCUCUACAAACCAGUGCAGUGUCAUCCUUCCACAGGCUACUGCUGGUGUGUGCUGGUGGAUACGGGGCGUCCUAUCCCAGGUACAUCAACCAGGUAUGAACAACCAAAGUGUGAUAAUGGUGCCAGAGCACACCCAACCAAAACAAAGGAUUUGUACAAAGGACGCCAGCUUCAAGGUUGCCCUGGGGCCAAGAAGAAUGAGUUCCUGACGAGUGUUUUGGAUGCAUUGUCCACAGAUAUGGUUCACGCAGUCUCUGAUCCAUCGUUGUCUUCUAGCCGGGUUUCAGAGCCUGAUCCAAAUCAUACUCUGGAGGAGAGAGUGGUCCACUGGUAUUUCAAACAGCUAGAUAAAAAUUCCAGUGGUGAUAUUGGCAAGAAAGAAAUCAAGCCAUUUAAGAGAUUCCUAAGAAAGAAAUCAAAACCCAAAAAGUGUGUGAAGAAGUUUGUGGAAUACUGUGAUGUUAACAAUGAUAAGUCCUUGUCAGUUCAAGAAUUAAUGGGCUGCUUGGGAGUAACAAAAGAAGAAGGUAAAGCAGAAACAAAGAAACGCCAUACGGCCCCUAAAACCAACAUUGAGAGCACUUCAUCCAGCAGGCAGCAAGUUUCUAAGAAGCAAGGGUGAACAGCUUACUGAUCCAAGGCAGAUCUCUGACAUGUGGGAGAUUUCCUCACCAAAAGGCAAUAAAAACAAUUGUAGUAUUUGCACUUUGUACUUAAAAAUGUAAAUUCACUUUGUAGAAAAAAACAAAAUAUUUAAAAAGACUUUUUUUUUUUAAUCUGUGAAAAUGUAACAGCUAGUUUUGAAAAAUUAUCACAUACAAUGUAUGUGUAUUCUUUUGUUGUUGAAAUAUGUGAAACAUGUUGGAGAUGUAAAAGUUUGCAUUUAAACCGUUUUUUUUUUUAAAAUAGCUUUUUGGCGAAUAGUGGCAUAGAAGCCCGAUUCUAUGUAUUUGGUUUCAAUAGUAUACCUUGUUUUUAUUUAAUCAGUACUGUCAUUUAAGUAGAGUUAUGCUGAAAAGUCUACUGUAUUCUCAAUUUUGUCCAAGCAGUGUUGGAUGUUUCAGGAUUGCAGGACUGAAGGGAGUGUGUAAAUUGCUGUUUACUUGGGUUUGCAGAUUUUAACUGAACAGAUCUUUCAUCGGUGGCAAUAUUUUAUUUAAUCGUUAUUGUGAUUAUUAUGCAUUCUGAAGAUCGUACAGUGAGAAUGCAACCUCUAAUGGAUUAAAAACAGUUAUUCUACAGUUGGGCUACUUGUCAAAAAACAUAUUUUGUUAUCCACUUUUGAGGUGUCUUCCAUUCUAAAUCCUGGUAGGAUUUUUUUUUUCCCGUUUGUUUUUGCUUGAGUUGUUAAUACAGCAAACCAACAAGGAGUGAGGUGAAUUGUAAAGUCACUCCAAUCUGGUUCAGCCUGGGUCUAAAAGCACGUUUCUUUGGUCAGUGUAAAGCAGCAGUAGAGUUUAUAUGGGUCGGAAUUGUAAAUCUAACUAUAAAGAGACAAGGAAGGCUACACAGAUUGUUCAGCAUUUUCUUCCCCUGCACCUGGUUGUCCCCAUCAACUCUUUGGUUUGCCUCAGGGUCCACUAGAGGUAAAGCUGAGCAAAUUAUGAGCAAUUGCUGUCAGGAGGGGCUACUCACAUCACCCCUGCCUUAGGCUUUUUCUUUCCUGACUGAAAGAACUUCUCACAUGUUUUCAUAACUUCUCUGUCGUUUCUCCCCUCAGUGCAUUUUUGUAUGUGUGCCUGAGGGGACUAAGAACUUGUGAAUGUGAAUUCAGAGCAGGGGACCCAAGAAAGAAACACAGCUCUCGAGCAGCUGUGAGUUACAAGCAGCUGGGUUGAUCGAUGCAGUGGUAGAUGGACUGCUGGCAUCUAGGACUUGACAUGAAAAAGCAAGAAUGUUGCAACAAGCAGUGAUUUCGUCUUGUUUGGUUUAAAAACAUGUGGGAUCUGACUUGUGACUACCUAAUCACAAUAGCACCCUGGCUUGAACUUGUACCUGGAAAAGCUUUUUUUACGAAUAAAGAUAUUUCAUUUCAAUUUCAACAUAUGCUGAAGUGUUAGGAAACACUGUCCGCAGUGGAAUUAUACCCAAGAAAUCGUGUACUCUAAGCUUUUGCAGCAGGAGGAAACCAAGAUGCAACUGUGUGUUAUCUUGUAUUUUUGUUUUUAAAAGUAUUUGUUAUUCUUUUAUACUGUUAAACUUUGAAUUUAAACUUCUUUAUAGAUUAAAGAUCAGUAUAUUAUCAAA